AGCUUAAGCGGCUAAUCGCACCGGUGGUGUGAAUAGCAUCGGCCCGAUUACCAACAGGGUAAAAGGUGUUUUUAAGUGUAGAAGUUAUUUCUCAUCUGGCAGCAACAAACAUUUCACAGUUGCAAACAUGGCGGACGGCGAAGCAGAUUGGGAAAAUGAAGACUUCGAGCCUGCAGUUUUUAAGAAACCUAUACCACACACUGACAGAUGGGAAGGUGAAGACGAAGAUGAUGAUGUAAAAGAUAAUUGGGAUGAUGAAGAAGAAGAAAAGGAAGAAAAACCCGAACAAAAUGUGAUUGCUGUACAGCCUAAAAAGAAAAAACACAUAACACAAGUAAUAGCAGAAAAAGAAGAAAAAAAAAGAAAAGAAAUAGAAGAAAAAAUGAAAUUGCUAGAACAAGAAAAGAAAGAUCUAACGCCUCAAGAAAGGCAUGCACAAAAGUUAAAACAACAGAAAUUACAAGAAGAAGCUGACUUAGAAUUAGCAAAAGAAACAUUUGGUGUUACAGAUACUGUUGAAGAUAUAGAUAAGAGGCCAUCUUCUAAAGAAGAUUUUGACAAUUUCCGUAAACUUCUUGUAGAAAAAAUUCAUCAAAAUGAAGACUCGCCUCAUUUUAUAUCUUUCUUGGAAGAUCUAUGUCGAGACUUAUGUUUAAAUGUUAAUCCAGAUGAUAUUAAAAAGAUAACAAGUUCUUUAAAUGCCUUAGCUCAUGAGAAAAUAAAAGUUCAAAAGGCUAAAAGUGGUAAAAAGAAAUCUAAGAAAGCAACACUUAACAUAGGAAAAGAUGACUUUACAAUAUUAGAUUAUGCAGAUGAAUUUGAAGACUGUAUUUGAUUCCUUUUACUCAUUUUAAUUGAAGUAAUAGGUUGUUCUGUAAUAGGUUGCUGUAUAUGUUGAUUUGCAAUAAAUUUAUUUAAAUCCUACA